AUGAAGUUCUUCACCGUCUUCCUGCUUAUUCUGGCUAUGAUUAUAUGCUCGACAAAAGCAAGACGGAACUACCAAAAUAUCGACUAUAAGUUAUAUGAUGAAGCGGAUGAAGGCAAGAAUAUUGAAAAAGUCUAUGAAGUCAUCGAGAUAAAGCCAGCUGUAAAGAGACCCCACCAUCAUCAUAAUCACCACAGAAAUAUGAAGAAAGUCAACUCACUGAACGAAUAG